CAGUCUCGGGCCGACCUCGAGCGGCUACAGAUGUAGUGCCAAGUACGCCGCCAUUUUUCCACUCCCCAAGGAACAAAAGUCGCUUUCUUUGUGUGCUUGCGUGCUUGUGAACUUGAAGCUCGCCAUUGUCCUCCCACUGGGUCUCUUUGUUGCGUAUGUGUGUACACUUACGCAUGAAUGACUUCCCCUCAGCGUCUGUAGCAACUCGAGCAUGAUGUACUUCCUUCCAGUUAGGUUAAAUACCAUAAUAGCAAAGAAAUAUAGUCUACAGUAUAAAAGGGUUUCAAGGACCCAAUGGUCAUGCCUUCCCUUUUGCAUUAGGAAGCGAGACUUGAAUUCAUUUCAAGGCGCUCAUUUACAACGAAAGAUUCCCAUUGUAGAAGAUCAGCAUUAUGAAGGAAACAAUUUCCGUAGUACCAUUUGGACUCGUGGACUUAUUGUAUUUAGUAUUUUAUUGGGAUCAACUGCUUUUGGUGCUGUUAAAGCCCUCUGUCAAAAGAAGAAAAGUGAAAGUGAUGAAAAGAAUGAUUUUGUGCAUUAUGAAGCCGAUAGAAAACUUAAUCUGACAAUAGAGGAAGUGCGGAAUCUUGAUCUCAGUACAGCUGUAGAUUUGGAGGAGGCAAAACGCAAGGCAGUUGUGUUAUUGAGUCGUAAAAUGGACCAGGUGGGAGCCCCAGGCAUUGCUGUUUCCGUAUCUGUAAAUGGCGAGACUGUUUGGGCCAGAGGUUUUGGCUUUGCUGAUGUCGAAAAUUAUGUUCCUUGCACUUCAAAGACAGUUAUGAGAAUUGCAAGCAUUAGCAAACCAAUAACAAUGACUUUAUUAGCAAAAUUAUGGGAAGAAGGCAAAGUGGACCUUGAUGCUCCAGUGCAAAAAUAUGUACCAUAUUUUCCCAAAAAAACAGUAGAUGGAGAGGAGGUAACUAUUACAACGCGACAGCUUAUUAGCCAUAAAUCAGGUAUUCGCCAUUACCAGCUGAAAGAGAUAAAAGAAGAAGAGAGAAAAUGGAAAUCAGCAAAGUGCAGUAACAAGCAAAAUGAAAAAAAGCAGAAAGAAAAAACUGAUGAAGGAAAGACUGAGCACAGCAGUGAAAAUAAAGUUCAAGAUGACUCGGUAAAAGCAGAAGAGAAUCAGUCACUUACCCAAGAAGUUCAAGGUUCUAAAGAAGAGAGAGAGAAUUCUGAAACUGCAUCUGAGGAGAAGACUGCUGGCAAAAAUCAGGGCAUUGGAGGAAUUUUGAAGAAGAAGAAAAUACAAUUGAGGCAGCACUUGAACAGAAUUGCAGAAAAACCUAAGAGAAAAGAAAAAACCGAAUUCACUCUUGAGGAAUACCACCUUCGAGUCAAAUUUACUGGCACAGAAGAUUCCAUGAAGAUAUUUAUGGAUGAUGAGCUUUUCUUCAAACCAGGUACUGAUUUCCUUUACACAACUCACGGGUGGACAGUGGUUAGUGCAGUAGUUGAAAGUGUGGUUGGUAAGCCAUUUCCACAAGCAAUUCAGGGUAUUUUUCAUGAUCUUGGUCUUCGUUAUACUUACCUAGAUGACCCCUCAAGAAUCAUUUACAACAGAGCAAGUUAUUACAGGCGUGACUCAUCUGGGAGGUUGGAGAAUGCCCCAUAUGUUGAUAAUUCAUAUAAAUGGGCUGGUGGAGGAUUUUUGUCUACAGCUGAAGACUUAACAAGAUUUGGGAAUGCUAUGUUGUACUCCAGCCAACAAAAUAGUGCACAAAAUGUGGAAGGUCAAGCUCCUCAAAGGGGAUAUCUCAAGUCAUCUACAAUGAAACAUCUGUGGGACACCAGUCGCAGGUACCAAAAUGGGGUGGGAUCGCGAUGGUGGAUAUGGGUGGGGAUGGGGAGCUGUGGAAGGAAAAGAAAACCUAAAGUUUUGUCGUGAAGUGCGGCCUUAUGCCUCACACACUGGAGGAGCAGUGGGAGCUAGUAGUGUGCUUCUAAUUUUACCUGCACAAAGUGAAGGUGGCCACAUUGAUGGCCCACCUCCUAGAGGUGUUGUUGUGACACUGCUGACAAAUAUGGAGAAUGUUGGCCUUAAUACAGAGGCUCUACAGAUAGCAAAGUUAUUUGAAAAUUUGAAAAAGUAAGCAAGUAA